AUGUUUGGCCUGCACUACCUCACCCAGUCGCUGCCCCAGUCGGCCUUUAUCCCCAGCCCGCCCCUGACCGAGCGCAACCUGCCGGACCAGACCGGCCGGGUGCACAUUGUCACCGGCGCCAACUCCGGCGUCGGCGAGCAGCUCACGCAGAUCCUCUACGAGAAGAACGCCACCGUCUACGUCGCCGCCCGCAGCCAGAGCAAAGCCGACGCCGCCAUCGAGCGCGCGCGCGCCCUGCACCCCAGCUCCAAGGGCCGCCUCGUCUUCCUUUCCGUGGAUUUGUCCGACCUGCGCACCGUCAAGCCGGCCGUCGACGCCUUCCUCGCGCGCGAAUCCCGCCUCGAUGUGCUCGUCAACAACGCCGGCGUCAUGUUCCCACCCGCCGACACCGUCAGCGCCCAGGGCUACGAGAUGCAAAUGGCUACAAACUGUCUCGGCCCGUUUCUGCUCACCAAGCUACUCACCCCGGUGCUGACGGCGACCGCCAAGACGGCGCCCAAGGACUCGGUGCGCGUCAUCUGGGCCUCGUCGCUGGCCAACAAUCUGUUCUCCCCGUACGGCGGCAUCGCCCUGGACAAGGACACGGGUGCGCCCAGGAACCACGCCAUCACGCAUGUCAACUACGGCCAGUCCAAGGCGGGCAACCAGUUCUACGCCGUCGAGUUUCACCGCCGACACGCCGCCGACGGCGUCGUGAGCGUCACCUUCAACCCGGGCAACCUGCAAAGUGGCCUACAGCGCCACCUGCCGGGCCUCGUCCACAACUCGCUGACAUAUCUGGGCUAUCCUCCGCGCAACGGCGCCUACACGGAGCUGUUUUGUGGCUGGAGCGACGACAUUACUCUGGAAAAGGGCGGCUCCUUUGUCAUUCCUUGGGGCCGUCUCGGCAAUGAUUACGUCCGUCCUGAUUUGGUCAAGGCAGUGGAAGAGAACAAGACCAACCCGAAUGCGAUGCCGAGACGGUUCUGGGAAUGGAGCGACAAAGAGACUGCAAAAUUUGCUAAAUAA